CUGGUGAGUGGAAACCGGAAGUUUUGUGGGGAAAUUCAGCCUGAAGUCGCCCCGCUUCUACCGUAACUACUGCAGGCCUUUUUUGUCGUCCCUGCUCGUCUUUUUUAGAAGUGCAUUUUUCUUCCUGCUGCGACCAUGGAGUCUGGCGAUGCAGGUCGAGGAGGGUGGAAGUCCAGACCCAUCCAACCACAGAAAAGCAAGAUGAACAUGACGAUUCUCCGUCAAGAAAAACUGAUAGCUCAGAAGAAAAAAGAGAUUGAAGAAAGAAUGGCAGAGCAAGCAAAAAUGAAUGUGCAAACCACUAGCAAGCCUCUGUCUGAAAGUUCUACCAGUGUCCAAGGGGCUUCCACAAAUAAGUUCGCAAAUGAUGGGAGCUUCUUACAGCAGUUCAUGAAGAUGCAGAAGGAAAAGGCACAUGUGUCUGGUUCCAUCAAUGACGCCAAGAUCCCAUCAACCCCAACUUUAUCACCAGGAGGAAAUGCGCUACAGAAAAAGAGCAUUUUCGUUGGCCAGCGACCUGGCCUUGGAGUCAGCAGCAUGCUAAAUCAGUUCAAGAGCUUCUCACAGUCCAAGAAGAAUCCUAUUCUCAGCCAGAGGCCAAGUGUCUUUUGUUCUCCAGAUGGCGAAGAUGAGGAAGAAGAGGCCGAUUACUCCAAAUUCUUAGAGAUGAAAGUCUCUCCCCCAGAGGAUUCAGACACCAGACUCAUUAUCGACAAGAUGGCUUCUUUUGUGGCCGAGGGGGGACCUGAGUUGGAGAAGAAGGCUAAGGAAGACUACAAGGACAAUCCUGUUUUCUCUUUUUUGUAUGAUAAGAGCAGCGUGGAAUAUCUCUACUACAAGAAAAAGAUUGCAGAAUUGAAAAAGGAUUUGCAAAGACCAGAGAAACUCUCAGAUAAUGUCUCCCCCCCAGUGGACGCGGAAACCCAGCAGGUGGCUGAGAAGCUGGCCAAGUUUGUGGCGGAGGGUGGCCCAGAGGUGGAAGCCAUCGCUGCUGAGCGCAACCGAAACAACCCAGCCUUCAGUUUUUUAUAUGAUGAACAAAGUCCAGCCCACCGUUUCUACAAAGAGAAAGUAAAGGAGUAUCGUGCUGCAAACUCUCAGAACUCUGCAGAUUUAACAGGAGAUUCUAGGACAGCUGUUAAGCCACCAGCUGCUUUUCCAGUACCAGAAUUCUCUCCACAGCAGAGCCAGCCAUCUGCACUUAACUUUAAGGAGUCAGAACCCCCACCUGUGAAACGAAAGAGGAAGAGCAGAUGGGGGUCUGAAGAUGACAAAGUCGACCUGCCUAUUCCUCCAAUUGUUGUUCCUCAUGAGAACAGUCUUCCAGACCCUAACGCACCAUCACUUUCUGCCCAGGAGCUGAGAGGUCUGGGUUAUAAAAAAGGGAAGCCUCUUGGUCUGGUUGGAGUGACAGAAUUAUCUGAGGACCAGAAGAGACAAUUGAAAGAACAACAAGAGAUGCAAGAGAUGUAUGACAUGAUUAUGAAGCACAAGCGUGCGAUGGCAGACAUGCAGGUGAUGUGGGAGAAGGCCAUAAGAGAGCAUCAGCACGAGUAUGACAGCGAUGAAGAGGUGGACCAGCAAGCGGGGACCUGGGAACAUCGGCUCCGAAAGAUGGAAAUGGAGAAGACUCGCGAAUGGGCUGAAUCUCUGACAGAAAUGGGUAAAGGGAAGCACUUUAUUGGUGACUUCCUGCCCCCAGAGGAGCUGGAGAAGUUUAUGGAGACUUUCAAGGCACUAAAGGAGGGUCGGGACCCUGACUACUCAGAAUACAAAGAGUUUAAGUUGACGGUGGAGAAUCUCGGUUUCCGAAUGCUCAUGAAGAUGGGCUGGAAAGAAGGCGAAGGCCUCGGCAGUGAAGGACAGGGAAUAAAGGCUCCUGUCAACAAGGGAACUACGGCUAUGAAUGGAGCAGGAUUUGGAAUUGACCGCCCAGCUGAGCUCACAAAAGGUGAUGAUGAAUAUGACGCUUUUAGAAAGAGGAUGAUGCUCGCCUACCGCUUCAGGCCCAACCCACUGAAUAAUCCACGGAGACCAUAUUACUAAUGUAGACAGCUGUUUAUGUUUAUACUUGUUCUUCUUUAUUGUAACUUAAAAGCUUUUUUUCUCCAGUUGCCACAGCUCCGCUUCAUUACAAAAUGAACACUGUUGCACAGUAGAAAUUUUGAAAUACUGUGUGUGUGUGUGUGUGUGUGUGUGUGUGUGUGUGUGUGUGUGUGUGUGUGUGUGCGCGCCCAAGAGGAUGACGAAGUUUGAAAAUGGAAUAAAGAUCUGUAGAUUCUCUAGUUUGUUUGGUGUAAUUACACACCGUCUUUCAGUAUUUGAUCAUCUGUGUUAUAUUUCAAUUCAAGACUGUAACAAAUACUGUCCUCACCCGACUUCUAUAAUGAGUAAACUCAUUACAUUUUUUUGCUUUACCAUCUAAUAAACUCACUUCUGCUUUAGCACACAAUUUUCUGUAUAAUUUUGCUUACUGUGUUCUGUAACAAUUUCGAUUAUUUUCACUAUAUGCUACAGUUUCUGCAAUAAAACAGCCACUUCCUGAAA